UGCUCCAGGAUCAUCAAACAAAAGCUCUGCUAGGAUGCAAUUUUUCAAUAUAAAUAUCAAUGAGAUGCUGAAAUACUAUGUGAUAAAGAUUUUACAUUUCAAUUGUAAAAAGUGGGAAGUGGAUAAAUCAGUUCAGCAGUCUUUAGGACAAACAGUAAAAGGUAUGGCACAGUGGGAUAGCUUUCCUGAUCAAGAGGAGGACACUGACAGCUGUUCAGAAUCUGUGAAGUUUGAUGCUCGAUCAGUGACAGCUUUGCUACCUCUGAAUUUUAAAAAUGGCCCUGCCUUUCCAAAGAAACUGAAGUCCGUCAAAGCUGCCCUGAUUGCCCUUUAUCUCCUUGUGUUUAUAGUUCUCAUACCUAUCCUUGGGAUAGUGGCAGCUCAACUCCUAAAAUGGGAAAGGAAGAAUUGCACAGUUGGUUCAAUUAAUGGCAAUGAUUCAUCUCAGAGUCUCAUGGGAAAAGGAAAUGACCGUGAAGAGGAUAUAAAAUUUCGAGAAGUUGUCACAGGAAACCUGAGCAGCAUGGAGAAAAGAAUCCAGUAUAUUUCAGAUACACAAGCCAAUCUCAUAGAUUCAGAGCGUUUCCAAAAUGUCAGUGCAAUGACUGAUGAAAGAUUUAAUGAUGUUCUUCUCCAACUGAGAACCGUGGCUUCCUCAGCCCAGGAACAUGGAAAUGAAAUAGAUGAAAUCUCCAAGGCAUUGAUAAGUCUGAACACCACAUUACUUGCUUUGCAGCUCAGUAUUGAAACACUGAAUGGCAAAGUCCAACAGAAUACAGUUAAACAACAAGAGGAGAUGAGUAAAUUAGAGGAGCGUGUGCACAAUGCAUCAGCAGAAAUUAUGUCUAUGAAUGAAAAACAAGCACGUUUGGAAGAGGAAAUAAAAGGAGAAGUGAAACUAUUGAACAACAUCACCAAUGAUCUUAGACUGAAAGAUUGGGAACAUUCUCAGACACUGAAAAAUAUCACUUUAAUUCAAGGGCCUCCUGGACCCCCAGGUGAAAAAGGAGAUAGAGGCUUCGUUGGAGAACCUGGUCCACCAGGCAUUCCAGGUCUAAUGGGUCCUCCAGGUCUUAAAGGUGAUCGGGGAUCGAUUGGCUUUCCUGGAAGUCGAGGAUUCAUAGGACCAGCAGGGAAGACUGGGAGGCCAGGAAAUCCUGGACAAAAAGGCCAGAAAGGGGAAAAAGGGAGUAGAAGCCUGGCAUCUCCAACUCGGACAGUACGACUGGUCGACGGUAGUGGCCCUCAUGAAGGCAGAGUGGAGGUUUUCCAUGAUGACCAGUGGGGCACAGUCUGUGAUGACCACUGGGAACUGCGCAGUGGACUGGUCAUCUGCAGGAGUCUGGGAUUCCGCGGUGUUCUAAAUGUGCACAAGGGAGCUAGUUUUGGACAAGGUACUGGUCCAAUAUGGCUGAAUGAAGUAUUUUGCUUUGGGAGAGAAUCAUCUAUCGAGGACUGUAAAAUCCGACAGUGGGGUGUGAGAGCCUGUUCGCAUGCCGAAGAUGCUGGAGUCACUUGCGCUUUAUAACGUAUUACAUUUCAUUCACAUUGAUGAAAUCGCUGCAAAAUGGUUUUAUUACUUUUCUCCAUUAAAAUCAGUUUAAUGAAUAUUUAAGAGAUUAAGAAUAUUGCCCAAAAUACGGAAUAUUUAAA